AUGAUCCUCGCCCCAGCGGGUAGGACGGGGACGGCAACAUGCCGGGAUGAGAGUACCAAAGAAUGGCUCGAGACACCACCACGGAGAUGGAGUGCUGGAGAGUGGAGGCGGUUUCUUUCCGCUUCAUUGAUCCGCUUGACCGCCCACCACCACCCAUCUGGAACCUCCGCUCACUGCUAUCGUACGCCUUCAGACGUUGACACUGUUAUCCAGGCUGAACCAUCCCUGCGCGCACAUAUGACGCAGGCUACCCAAGCCAAAGUCAUGGCUUCCUUCAACAAGCAAUACUUUUCCAUACACUCUACCUAUCUCUCUUCUCAGCACUCCACCAAGAUGAUGCCGUUACUGGUUAACAACAACAACAACAACUUCAACAUGGAUCUCCCCUAUCAGGCUCCAGUGUUCAGCACCAACAUGAUGGAGACACCUUUUGAUAAAGCGUCACAACAAUAUAUCGCUGCUCAUACACGAAACAUGUCGAGGGGUUACGGUGGACAGAGGACGAACACUUCGAUGCGGAUAACGAAGCCCAGCAGCGCCAGCACCAGCCCCCGCUACUCGUUUUCGCAGUCCAGGAGGAGGACUUUGAUCGGUGAUGGGUUCCAGAAUCUCUAUACUCAACCUGCCGAGGCUGCGUACCUUCCCACUCCUGCGGCUGAAUUCCCGGUCGAGUUCAUGUACGAACCGGAGAGGAAGCCAACGACAACAGCACGACCAGUUAGCUGGCACCCCUCGUCGCAACAAGUGGCAUAUUCCCAACCUUACCCUCAGGAGUCUACGAUGGCGUAUGCUCCUUACCCAUCCAAUCAGGACUUUGGCGCUUGCACACAGUUUCAGCAACUGCCCCCGACACCAAGCGUGUACUCCGGCUCCAACUCGCCAUGCUCGGCGUCCUUCUCCCCACUAUCACUUCCUUACGCCAGCGUCGACUUCCAACAAUCUCAGCAUCAGUAUGCCUCGGCAGGGACCCAGCUCUACCAACCAGCUCCAGAAUCACCCCAAAGCUUGGCUGGCAUGACUGGUGAUCUUUCUUACGCUGCUUUCUCCAAGGCGGAGGGGAAUGUUAUGGGAUGGACUUCUUAUGCGCCGGUAUCGAGCGGCUUGGACACAUACACGGCGCCACCCACUCCAAAGAAUUUCGAGCUGCUUGAGCAGUUCACAAACACCAAGGUGGCCUCGGAAGAGCCUGUUUCCUAUGAGGCACCGGAAGACGACGAAUCUGAUGGCGAGAUUCUGUACGGCAUGGGACUGUACGAUCCCCCCGAGACCAACGAGCCUGCCGGCAUGGACCUCCACCGGUCUACCGUCUUUUCACUUCUUGGAAACGCCGGAGCCUACGAGAAGCUCUCAGGCAAGGGCCUGAAGCUCGAGGAUGCAUGGGAGCCUCCUGCGAGCGACGAUGAAGAGGACGAUGAAGAGGAGGAAGAGGAUGAUGAGGAGGAGGAGCGCCAGGAUGGGGAUAACUAAAGACUCAUGAUUAUGACACUUGCAUGACGAUACACUGGGAAGCAUUAUACCGGCGACGGUUUGGGAUACACAUAGCAUUUACGGGACGGAUUCCUAGAAAGGGAUAUGGGCUGGAAGUCCUAUCGAAGGUGCAUCGACACAUUGGGAAUGUGUGGCUAGGCGUUUUGGUUUGCGGUUUUUUUUUUCCACGAAGACAAAGAUACCCACCUCUGCAUAUAAAUACAUGUACAUAUUUGAACAACAUACGAUUCCGUGUUCUUGAUUCAUACACCAUCUCUCUCAUUCCUCGGCCGCAGUGCAU